UUUUCAAUAAGGUCAAGAGGAAAACAACUGCUGAAAGUGUGAUUCAGUGCAGUGGCCCAGGAGUGGAUGAAAAAAAAAGCAAUUUAAUGCAUGCUUUUAAGGAAGUAUAAUGUGGAGUCAGACCUACGCGGAAGGUGGCCAUUACUCGGUUUGGAUCCGGCUUUCAGAGCCCCCCAACAAUCCCACCUGCACUCACACUGUGGAUAAAAGUCCAAGAAAUGCAUAUCUGCCGCUUCUGGCAGCAGCUCUCCUACUGGCCCUGAUCGCUCUCUUAUUUGUUUUGGUACCCUACAUCCACAGGAGGCGUUGCACUUCAAAGUUUAUCAAGACCAUUUGUUGCCAAGGCCCACAGUACUCAGUGGACGAUCAGGAUGGAGGAAACUCUGGCGAGGCUGAGGCCAACGCCGCUAAAGAUAAACCGACACGUCUGCGCUCGCUGGACACUUUCCGAGGGUUUGCCCUGACAGUGAUGGUUUUUGUGAACUAUGGUGGAGGUGGCUACUGGUUCUUUCAGCAUGCACCGUGGAAUGGUCUAACUGUGGCAGAUCUUGUCAUGCCAUGGUUUGUGUUCAUCAUCGGGACGUCAGUAGUUCUGGGUUUCAGAUCCUUGCAGAGGAAAGGUGUUGGUCGCGUGCAGCUGCUGCGCAAACUCACCUGGAGAACGCUGGUCCUCCUGCUGCUCGGCUUCUGCUUCCUCAACUACUCUCCCAGAGACGGACCGUUGUCCUGGUCCUGGCUGAGGGUCCCUGGAGUCCUGCAGCGUCUGGGCUUCACCUACUUCGUGCUGUCUCUCAUGCAGACCUUCUGGAGCCGGAGAGAAAUCCCACUGAGGGCGUUUCGCUGGUGGAGCCCCGUCCAGGACGUCAUCCUGUAUUGGCCCGAGUGGCUGUUCAUCAUCCUGCUGGAGACGGUGUGGCUGUGCAUCACCUUCCUCAUGCCUGUGCCCGACUGCCCCACAGGUUAUCUGGGGGCUGGAGGGAUUGGUGAUGAAGGUCUGUACCCGAACUGUACCGGCGGUGCAGCAGGAUACAUUGAUAGGUUGAUGUUUGGUGACAACAUGUACAGAUAUCCCACAUGCAGGGAAAUGUAUCAGACGACGCAGCCCUUCGACCCAGAGGGGGUUCUGGGUACAAUCAACUCCAUUGUCAUGGGAUUCAUGGGGAUGCAAGCGGGGAAAAUCCUAAUUUUCUUCAAGGGAGAGAAUUUCCGAAUCCUCUGUCGGUUCCUGGUCUGGGCCGUCAUCCUGGGAAUCUCUGCAGCCAUCCUUUCUAAGUGCACGCGAGACGGAGGAUUUAUACCUGUCAAUAAAAACCUAUGGUCUCUGUCCUACGUGACGUGUAUGGGCUGUUUCUCCUUCCUACUGCUGGGAGCCAUGUACUUUGUCAUAGAUAUCAAGGGGUGGUGGAGUGGACAGCCAUUCAUAUACCCAGGGAUGAACUCUAUCUUUGUGUAUGUGGGCCACUCACUCCUGGGCUUCUACUUUCCAUUCAGCUGGGAGAUGCGUUUCCAGGAGAGCCACUGGGAGUUUCUGUUCCAGGGCCUGUGGGGAACAUCACUCUGGGUGCUCGUCGCCUACCAGCUCUACAGGAAGAAAUUCUUCCUCAAAAUCUAAUUCAAGCAUGGUCAUCCAACCCUCUGUCCCCUCUCAUUCCUUGCAUGCCAUUGUCUUAUUUUC